GGCGAAUGUGUGUGUACACAUUGAAUAGUUGUUACCUUGACACUUUACAACCAUCACCCAGCUGGUAUUCACACACAGAUUAUUGUAUUCUCAGCAACCGGCCAAUGCAGACGUCGUCAUCAUCAUCAGCAUUCAACACAUCGUGUGCUAUUGAAAGUCUGUUGGCGCAUCCAAAAGCGAGAAAGAAAAAAAACUUUCAUUGUCUCCAAAGAGCAUAGUGCGUUUUCGAUUCAAACCUAAAAAUUUAAAGCGAUUCUUUUGAGCAUAAUACAGUGUCGAGUUGAGUUGACAUAAAAUAAAUUGAUUUUGUUUUUGUUGUGGGCAUGCAAAAAGGCGAUCAUCAUUACUGGGUGCUUCUCAAACACUCGACGUGAAAAAUGCCAACGACAACUGAAAACGGUCGUGGGGUUAGCGAAACCACCAGAAUUUUAUUAAAAUGCGUACAAGGAACAUCAUUUUACGAUGAUUCGAUGGAUUGCGAACAUUUUCAUGUAACAAAACGCACUCAACUCAAAAAAUACAUAAAAUUGGCAUUGAAAUCGCAAAAGAUUAAGCAAAAUCGAAUAUGUACAAAAAUCUUACAAGAUGUUGGUUUGACUGUGAGUGCAGCAUCAAUGUCAGAAUGGAUAACUGGUGGCUCAAUCGGUUCGAGAAGUGCUGUUUUGGUUUUUAAAACGGCAGCUUUGAUGCGCCAUACUCGUGACGAUGACGAAAUCGAUGAUUCACCGUCAAUCGCAUCGACAUCGUCAAGCGAAAAAUGUCGAUUUCCACCUGUUGCCGACGCAAAAACCACGUCACCUGCAAUAAAUGAAUCGGUAAAACGACUAGUUGCGCCACAUUUCGAUAUACAUCGAAAGAGUUGCGUUAAGGCAAGCGUUUCGAUGUCAUCGUCAAGUGAAAAUUCAAUAUCAAGUGCCUGCGAGGAUCCAUCUGAUUUAGAAGCUGACAUUGUUAAAGCGGAAAAAUCCAACGCAAAGAAAAUCAAUCGGACAAAGAUCGUUAGCACAAAAUCUGGUUUUAGUCCGGGUGGUGAGGGUGAACAUGAAUUAAAAGCCGAUUCGCCGGCAGACAGUGAGCAUACAGUCGAUGAUACGGACGAUGAAAUGCCAGCAGCAAUGUUAAAAAUGACCUACAAAUUUACCAAUACCGAAACGAAAUUAUUGAAACGAAUUUUAUCUAGUCACGGAUUGAGAGAGGCUAAAGAAUAUCAAAAAUUUAAUUUACUAUGGACAGGCCUCCAUAUGAAACCAGACAUUUUAAGAAGUCUAUUACCGUAUCAACGGGUUAAUCAUUUUCCUAGAUCUUAUGAGCUAACAAGAAAAGACCGUUUGUACAAAAAUAUUGAAAAAAUGCAACAACUACGUGGAAUGAAACAUUUUGACAUUGUCCCUAUCUCGUUUAUGUUGCCUUUGGAGUAUAGGGACUUACAGCAUGCACAUCGUUCGGGACACAAAGGACCAUGGAUUGUUAAGCCAGCAGCAUCGAGUCGUGGUCGGGGGAUUUAUUUAGUGAAUACGCCCGAGCAAAUACCAAGCGACGACCAAGUGAUUGUAUCCAAAUACAUUUCGGACCCGCUAUGCAUAGAUGAGCAUAAAUGUGAUGUACGAUUGUAUGUGGUGGUGACGUCAUUUGAUCCGUUGGUAAUCUAUUUGUAUGAGGAAGGUUUGGUGCGCUUGGCCACGGUCAAAUAUGAUAAAACGGCCGAGAAUCUUUGGAAUCCAUGUAUGCAUUUGUGCAAUUAUUCGAUCAACAAGUAUCAUUCGGAUUAUAUAAAAGCGACGGAAAGUGACGAGGAUGUUGGCCACAAAUGGACAUUUAGCGCUCUAUUGCGGCAUCUCAAGAACCAAGGGAAUGAUACAACAAGCUUGAUGCAGGCCAUCGAAGAUGUGAUCAUUAAAUCAAUAUUCGCAUGUUCACAAUCAAUUAUAUCAGCGUGUAAAAUGUUUGUUCCUUAUCAAAAUAAUUGCUUUGAAUUGUACGGUUUUGAUAUUCUCAUCGAUAAUACUCUGCGUCCAUGGUUGCUCGAAGUCAAUCUGAGUCCAUCACUUGGGAUCGAUACUCCGUUAGAUACAAAAGUAAAAUCGGCCAUGCUAACAGAUUUGUUGACAUUGAUUGGUGUACCGGCCCAAAGUCCCCAAGCAACUCGAACAGAUGGAAAAGGGAUGCGUUUCAAGAGUUCCGGAAGUUCGGUGCCAGCAUCGAGUCGACGAUCAUAUGCCGAAAUGAAAGGAACAACUGCCUCUGGUGCUAGUAAGCGUCUCAGUAUGGGAUUAUCGGCCGAAGAGAGUCGAGUUUUGAAAAAUGUCAAAGCACAAAACGCACGACGCGGCGGUUUCAUUCGUAUUUUCCCAACGCAAGAUAGCAUGCAACGUUAUGGAAUGUUUUUGGAUCAAAGUACCGGCAUUCCAAUGUCAAUUGUGAACGGAAUCAGUAUGGCGCCCGUUUUAACAAAUCACAAUUUUAACAUGAUGGUACACACCCAACUGUACGGUGGUUCAUUAACCGAUGAAAAUGACGUCGACGAACGCAUUAAACAGUAUGAACGAACCCUCGUGACGGCCAAUGUUGAUUUAAUUUUCAAGAGCAUACCGGUAAAAAGUCAUCAUCAAGCACAACAAUUGCGAAAACAACUUCAAAAAGCCAUGGAAGGUGGCAAUGAAUUGACAUUAUUACAAGCACGAAAAAUAUUUUCCUUAUUUUUGGAAUGCGUGCUAAAGCGAUUGAGUACACAAGAUCAGAAGGCUCAUCAUUCGGAUCCAAAGAAUCAACACGAGAAAUUCAUUUUGAAGUUUAUAACACGAUCGGAUCUAACGAUAAAACCGCCAAGUUUUAUGCGUAAUCCAAAUACGAAUAAAAUUCAGGCUAAAGAUAGAAUAGCAAUCGUGGCCAAAUUGUUGGGUGAUUAUUUGGAAGCAUUCGACCGUGAUACGGAGUUGUGCGUUGAUAAUUACAGCUAUUAUGGUCUGAUUCCGUCAUCAUUGUAUGAUAAAUUCAUAGCACAAGCGUCUGAAGCUGAUUUAGAAUUUAUACUUACAUUGCAUGUAAAUUUAACGCAAAAUCUAUCAUUCUUAUCGAAUCGAUGCACGUCACAAUCAAACAUGCCAAACGUUCCACCAAUUCCAACGGGUGCCAAUGGAUUUUUGAAAGCGCUGCCAAGCAUGAUACCGAAUAUAUCGACCAGAGAUUUAGCUCACAUUGACAAUUACUAUCGAUCACUGUGCCCAAUUUCAUCCAGCAUCGAACGUGACAUUAGUUACGAUAGCCUUGAGAAAAUUACAACGAAUCGCAUGAACAACGCAUCAUUACAGCCAAUGAAAAAACGAACAAGCGUCGCCUAAGCAGUACAUUAAAUAGGAUUAAUGUCUCUACUCUGCGUUUUUUAACGUUAGAUUUAAAUGUCACAAACUCUACACAGCUAUUGUCUCGAUGGACAAAUUGUUGUAGUACAAUAGAAAGAGAGAUAGAAAGAGGAGGGAAAUCAAAUACCAAAAUCAGGGAAGAGUUUGUCUACUCGGCAACGAAACGCUUAAUUUAUAUAUUUCAUUUUAAUUACUAACUUAUUUUACUUUAUUGUACAUUAAUUGCGUUGUUGCUUUUUUUAUACACUUUUAUUAUUCAAAUCAAUGUGAGCAUUCCGUUUCGGUUGCUUCGUUGCAACCAUCAAAGGCGAUUUGUGCAUUAAUAAAACUUCACAAAUAUUCUA